UUAUGUGUCUCCUAGUUUUCCUCAUGUGUCUCCUUGUCUGUGUCCCCCCUCAUGUGCCUCCUUGUGUUCCCCAGCCCACUCCAGGUUUUUUCCCCUUAGGUUUCUGUGUUCCUGUGGUUCCCCAGCCCCCUCCAGGUUCUCUCUAGGUUUCCUUUACAUUCUCCCUUUAGUUCAUUUUGCUCCCUUCCCCAUUUUUAGUUCUGGUUUCCUCCCCUGCUCCGUUGUGCACCUCCUCUCUGUUUAUUGGUCUCACCUGCGCACAAUUCCCUAAUCACCCAGCCCUUGUGUAUACAACCCUGUCUGCGUCUCAAUGUGUUGUCGGUUCAUUGGUGUUUGUGUCAGCGUUGUCUCAUUCCCCCCUCUUGGUCUCUAGGUAUUUGGUUUUUUCUCUAGGUCUCUUGGAUAUUGCUCUUUUGGAUUUUUGGACAUUUGGAUCUGGGCUUUCUGCCCCUUGGAUUUUUUGUUUUUGGACAGUUAUUCCUAAAUAAAGGAUUUUCUGUUUUACUUCGCUCCUGCCUUUGUGUCACUCUGGGUUUUUGCAUCUUGGGUCCUAACCUCAUCCUGGCUCCUAACGUGACACCCGUCUACAGCUCGUCAAGCUUGUCUAAACCCUCCUGCUCACAAUCAACAAGCUGCACUUAAUUCGCUCAUUAAAGGUUAUCUAGCUAAAACUGGCAACAUAAAAUAUCAUUGUUGCCUUAUUUUGGUACGAAGUGAUUAGCUAACACUUUACAAUGCAAAAAAAUGAUGACUUUUCAUCAACUUACUGGAGAAAAUUCUUCCGAAACACAGAAAAUGAACUGCGGUCAAUGAAGCAGCGGGAGCUGUUUGGAAAUAUUCGAAGCUACAUGAACCACGUGACUUCCGCAUUCCAUUCUUUCCAUGGAAGUCUACUGGAGUGUCGUAACUCUCUCUCUAUAUAUAUAUAGCUCUGGGUGGUUGCUGAUGACCUAGGCAACCGGGGCAGGACCAAGACAUCAAGGCAAGGUUCCUUGGCAUUGAGGAACACCCCAUGUUUGCAACUGAAUUAGCUCCAGUAUAAAGAUGUUUUAACUCACAGAGGCCUGCAGGUCAUCUGUUUAAUGAGCAAAGCGCUGGAAAUCUGCUUGUCAUGAGCUCUAAACAUUGUUUUGCCGCUGCCGUGUGGAGCGGUUGGGGAGACACAAUUCAAACACUGAACCGAGUCCGGCUACCGAACCGAGUAGAAUCCUGAUGCAGAUGUCUCUCUUUCUGAUCCGACGCUGCAACGCGCAAUAUUAAGCCUUAUUAAGCAUAUAGUUGUUUUUAAUUUAGUAAUGGAUAUGAAUUAAAAGAAUUGUACUUUGCUACAUUUUCAAAGACAUACUCAAGUAAAAGUAAAAGUACAGAUUUUAAAAAUGACUUAAAAAGAACAAAUACAUAAAAACGCUAUUCAAUUACAGAAAUGUGAGUAAAUGUAAUUCAUUACUUCCCACGUCUGCUGCUGACAAUGCGGACCAAGCUCCAACACUGGUCAUAUAGGGACCUAACACCCAAUAUCAGAGGGCCUGGUACCCCAUACUCUCGAAGUACCCCCCAUAGGGCCCCCCGAGGGACGGGGUUGAACACUUUCUCCAAAUCUACAAAACACAAUAGCAACCUGCUAAAGGACACCAGCAACAUUUUUAACGCACUAUUCCUUAACGUCUUCACGUAAAUUAAAGAUGUGCUCUUCACUUAGCAGCAGCUUUUUUCUUCUUCCGGCUCUUGGAGAGUGCAGACGCUUUUUUCCUCCUCUCCUCCCUAUCUUACCCUCAAAGCUCUUUGUCUGUCUUUGGGUGCAUGGCUGUUUCUGCAUUUUUUCAGGAAACUGUAAACUGAAAUUACUAAAAUGGAUCUUGUUAGUUGGUCACUUAACGUGAUUGAUAAAAAAAAUUUCAACAAUGAGAACGGGAGAAGGGGCUCCCGGAUGCCCCUCUGGGACAGACCCAGCUGGUCAUAUCAUGGACUCCUGGAAACAGUGGAACCUGAUUUGCCUACCUCAGCUGUCUGUAGAGGAUUCUGAAGACGUCUGGAUUUUUGUGGUGUUGGUGUCAGGUUUCUUGAUCUUUGGUCUAGGAGGCUUCCUGGCUUACCGGAAAAUUAACGAGCUGUCGAGGAAUAUUGGCACUCUCCCCGAGCUCAGGGAUGGAUUACACCACGCUGUGACGUCACAGACUCAUAAUUGCUGAGAUGAAUCGUGUGCUUGGAACUUUGGCUGAGAUUCAUGCAUUGGCACAAAAGAUGGAUGCCAUCAAGGAGAAAGUGGACAAAUCAGCACAGAUUGGGAUAGAUUAAUUUAUGCCAUUAUUGGGAUUUUGAGAGGUUGAGGACCAACGGAACUUUAAGACAGAAAGGAAAUUAUCUCUGUCUGGCCCCAAAACAAUUUCUAAUCUGAAUCUGGUGCCCUUGAGCCUGUAAGGCUGCAACAAAUACUCCCCCCUCAGAAGAAAUGUGGAAUGUUGCCAUUGCUAUGGCAACUCUGUCUCCUAUCCCAGCCUGGGCGGGACUGCGGGCUGUGAAGGCCGCCAAAUCGUUCCAGGAGUCACUGUGCCCUCCAAACCUCAACGACCUCCUUCCCCUGUCCAGACUGAGGUGGCGUGCGCUGCUUAUCGUGGCUGCAGGAACUGACGUGUGGAGAGUCCCAAACCCACCACCCCACCAAGUGGACACUUAUGUUGUGUGAUGACUGAAGUCUGUUGCAUUUCUGUCUGAGGUGUUUUUUGCAGAGCAAAGCUGCCCUCCCUGUGGAGGGUAACUCUGAAGUGCCUUUUCUUCCUCCACCUGAACCAAUCCUCAUGUAACCCCUCUGAUCUCUAUUAAGGUAGCACGAGUCAGGGUUGCGAAUGACCACAGUUACCAGUUCUUGUCACGUGUCUUUGCCUAUGUAUGUCUGAUCUCUGAAUUGUGUGUACUGAAACUCUAAUUUCCCUCUGGGAUUAAUUAAGUAUCUUUGAAUUGAAUUGAAUUGUAUUAAGUUCUUUGUAAGCCUGGAUAUAAUGGGGAACCCUCAAGUUGUAGUGUUUUUCUUUUUACCUUUUUCUAGCAAUGCAUUUCUGAUACCGAUAUAAACAAGUACCACUAUAUGUGAGGUCCCCCCAGUAAAGAGAGGAAAUAAAUCAUUUAGGUUGCUAACAUCACAAAUCUCCUAUCAUGCAUGCUUAGCUUUAAUCAUGAUCUAUGCAAAAUUGCAAUCAUCUCAGUUUAAGUAGUUUACGCACAAAUGAGAAAACAAAUGGUUCAUUGUUACAGUUGGCGGCCCUCAGGUCAGCUUAGAACAGCUACCCCAUUCCGCAACAAACCGUAACAAUCAUAACGUGCAUUAUAUGCUUGUAGCUUGAGAACAUGUGUCUUUGAAAGUAUCGAUUUGUUUAGGGAACGUUUGGGCAUGUGUUAAAGUUUCUUAGUUGAUCAAAUGUAAGCAGCGUGAGCAUACUCAUGUUACGCUAAGCUAAUUGCUAAGUGCAAUGCUAAGAUGUGUGCAUUAGUCAGUAAUGUAUUUUUUCUGUUUCUGUAUAUUGUAGUUACGGUGAUGAAACAUUUAUAAGGAUCUUCAUUUACGAAAAACAAGCCUUGGGUGAAGAUACUUGUGCUUCUUUUAGUUGGUUGUUUGCUGGCUAGCUACCAGAGGUGUGGACUCGAGUCACAUGACUUGGACUCGAGUCAGACUCGAGUCAUUAUUUUAAUAACUUCUGACUUGAUAAAAUCUAUAAAGACUUAUGACAUGACUCGGACUUGAACACCAAUGACUUGCGACUUGAAUCGACGAUCAAAUAAAUGAAGCUUUAAAGCUUAAUUUCUGGAAUUUAUUUAUCAUCAUUCUCAUUAAAUUGAAGUUGGACAGAUCACUUGAUUAUGACUUGAAAAUUCAAAGUUAAGGUCUUGGACUUGACCUGGACUUGGUUGUCUUUGACUUGGACUUGACUUGAAACUUGACUGGAAAGACUUGUGACUUGCAAAGUAGUGACUUCACACCUCUGCUAGCUACACACAGCUACAAGCCCUAAGGACAGCAGAUUCUCACUACACAGGGCAAAUCCCUAAUUAUUCACAAGUUGGGCCAAAUAAAACGAAAAUAUGUCAAAUAUAAUAUCUUUUGAGCUAGAGUAGAUAAAGCCGGAGAAUUGGAUGAAUAAUAUGUGCAUGGAAUGUUCAAGUUGGGUUAAGUAAAAGCCGAUACCGUUACAUUUUAGGUAGGGAUUUCCUGAUCAGCAUUUUAGGCUCCCGAUCUGAUCUUUUAACUUCAAAUCGGUCCGAUUUCGAGUCAUGAUCCGAUAGUUUGCCUGUGCUAUUGAAAUUUAUAAAGCUCAAAUAAAUAAGUUAGUUAGUACUCUUUCCACCUCUGUGAGUGGGAACUGGUCUGAGGCUGACAAAAAUCCCUUCAGUGGUUGUUUCUACUCAAGCACAGCAGCCUCCCUCACACUCCUUCCUUUGAGUGGCCAUAACACCCAGGCAACUCCGGCCAACACCUCACUGUUCAACUCAGUUUGUUUAUAGAAUGCCAAGAGUUGUCUCAAGGCACUUCACGAUUAACAUUGCAACUAAACUCAGUCAUCAGUUCACUGAGUUCAGUUCAUUAUACCAAUCAGAUAAAGGUGCCCUGUGUAAGGGAACCCAGCAGAUUACAUCGAGUCACUGACUUGUGUCAGAAACUUUACAGCAAGCAAGCAUGUAGUGACAGUGGAGAGGAAAACUCCCUUUACCGGGAAGAAACCUCCAACAGAACCUGGAUCCGAAUGAGCAGCCAUCUGUAAAAGCUCACUGGGGCUUUGAGAAGACAAAGCAGACACGAACAAAAAUUAAAAUAAACAGAUCAACACAUUCAAUGUCAAAGAGAGUAAAGUGUUAUUAUCGGGAGAGGGAGAAUGUUUAAGUGGUUAGCAACAGUGUUCAAGCCGAUGGCCCCCUCCAUGAGGCUACCACAGCUCAGCAGAACAUCAUUGUAGCUUCUUCUGGGGAGAAAAACACUUAAAAUAAAGUUAACAGCUGAAAUAGCAGGAAAUAAUGCAGUUAAAGAGAAGUGGUAGAAGAAAGUAGUCGUGUGGAAAGUGCUCAGUUUGUCCUCCAGCAGUCUAAGCCUAUAGCAGCAUAAUUUAAAAGGGGGCAUGUGAGAGGCAGGGCAAGGGAGAACAGUUUCCUUUGUGACUUCAUCUUACCAGUACACUACAGAAAGCAGCUUUAUUCUUCGUGUUGGUUCACUGAUACUUCUGGGGUCUCUCUCCCUCUGACCAGGUGAAGAUGCUGAGUUGUGUCUCUAACUCUGCUAGCCUGAAGGAAGACCAGGAGAAGGAUGGAGAAGUGGCUUACUACGGAGUUUUAGCUCUGUGGAGCUUGAGCAAGAGUUCCAAAAACAAGAAGGAGAUUUAUAAAGCAGGUGGUAUCCCUCUGCUUGGACGCCUGCUCAGGUCUCCAAAUGGGAAUAUGCUGAUUCCUGUUAUGGGAAUCCUGCAGGAAUGUGCCUCAGAGGAAAAUUGCCAGGCUGUGAUUCAAACAGAAGAUCUGGUCAAGGACUUUGUAAGAAACUUGCACAAAAACAACGAUGAGCUGCAAACCUAUUGUGCCAAUUCAAUCUUUAAGUGUGCAGCGGACAAACAAACUUGUGACCUGGUGCGCAAACUGAAAGGCCUGCAGCCACUAAUUUCUCUGCUCAGUAAAAGAGGCAACAAGAAGCUUCUGGCCGCUGUCACCGGAGCUAUCUGGAAGUGUUCAGCCAGCACAGAGAACGUUGCAAUCUUUCAGGAGUAUAAUACUCAGGAGGUUCUGGUUGCUCUGCUAGCAGCUUAUCAGCCUGAUGAUGUCCUAGUUAAUGUUGCAGGAGCCCUAGGAGAGUUUGUUCAGAUGCCAGUCAACAGGGCUGCCAUUGUCAAAGGUCAGGGCAUGAAGCUGCUGAUCAAUCUGCUCAAUGAUCCAAACCAGGUUCUGCUGGUGAAUGUAACCAAGGUUGUGGGUGCAUGUGCCACGGAUGAGGGUAGCGUCGCAGUUAUUGAGGAGUUUGAUGGAGUACGCCUGGUGUGGUCACUGCUAAAAGUCCCCAAUGAAGAUGUUCAGGCUAGUGCUGCUUGGGCCCUUUCCUCAUGCAUUAACAAUGCAAAGGAUGCAGCAGAAAUAGUGAAAUCCCUCAUCAGUGGAUUAUAUGCCAUCAUUGACUUACUGAAUUCACCAAACAACACGGUGCUGGCAAGCGUUUGUGCCGUCAUCUCUGCCAUAGCCAAGGACAAAGAGAACCUAGGAGCGCUCUCUUCUAUGGGUCUUGUUCCAUCACUGGCCCGGCUGGCUGACACAGCUGAUGAUCAGCUUCGACGCUAUCUUGCUGAAGCCAUCGGACGCUGCUGUAAUUUUGACCCCAAUAUUGCAGCCUUUGGUGAGGCUGGAGUCAUCGUCCCGUUGGUGACCUACUUAAAGCAGUCUGAAGACAUUUCAGUCCAUCACUAUGCCGCCAUGGCCCUGUCCGAGUUGUCCUGGGAUCCCAAGAACCUCGUCACCAUGCACAAGGCAGGAGUAGUUAAGCCGAUGACCACAUUCAUGGCCUCUGAUGACGAGGAGCUCCAGAUGUUUGCAGCUAAAUGUGUGGAGCACAUUCGUCUGCUGGCCAGUUAGGAGGCUAGGAUGUCCUUCCCCUGAGUGUCGUUUGCAUAAAAGAAGCUCAUAUAAAAUGUUUCAGCUUAAUUGAUGCAUGUAUGUUGGUUUUUUCAUUCGGACCUGCUGGUUUACGUCUGUAACUGCACUCUGAGUUCUGUAGUACUUCAGUAACAAAGGAUGAAUAUGAACUAAACUUUUACCACAGCUGACUUCUCAGGAAACACUGACUACAGGCUGAAGAACAACAAAAAGAAUUCAGCAUUUUGACUGAAACUGUUUUCCUUUUGUAGUUGAUCGUGAAGGUUCCUUCCAUGAAAGUGUUUGGACCAAUGAAAUAAAGACGAUGUUCAAAUUCACCUCCAGAUGAAACUUUCAGCUAAACUGUGUUCUUUACUGAAAACAUGCCCACAAGGAUAUCUGUAAUGCAGCUACUCUAGAUUUCUGCUAAAUAAACAACUCAGAAAUAGAAAGAUGUGUGUGUUACUUGUUCAGAGAAGAAUUCAGAUUGCAUUUUCUCACACCUGUGUAAAAAAUCAACUAUGAUUGUUGCAUAAAAUGUCCCAGCUUCCAUUUUUGAGUCCCUCGUGGAGUUACGUAAAACUAAUGGUGGGACAAAAUACCGAUUUGGCCAAAUAUUGCAAUAUUUCAACCCAUGAAUGAGUCCUAGUGCGCCCUUUUGUCACGAUGUGGAGGGAAGGUGAGGGAGGAAGAGCGGAUCCUUCAGGCAGGUGAAUCAACCCAGGCCAAACAGCAGCAGACAUUUGGUUCCUUUUAAUGGUCAGGAGUGCAGACACGACAGGGUAGACGGAUGUGAACAAAAACUGACAUGUAACGAGUACGAACCGACAAAACCACAAGCAACACACAAGGCUUAUAUACACACUGGGAUGGGUAAUCAGGUAACAAGAGGCAGGUGGACACAAUUAAGGAAAAACUCAAGGCACAGGGGAGCAAUAAUGUGACACCUUUCCCUGUAUGAGGCUCUCCAGACGUCAUGAUCACAGGAAGCCAAAGAGUCGUAGCUCCCUUUGAAUUCAGAUAUUAUCUAGCCGUGAGAUGCAGCCAGGGUCUGCUAAUUAGACGUUUCAUGUCUGAGGUGUUCGGUGGCUCUUGAAAGAGCUGUUGUGUUUGAAAUCACUCACAAGCAUUGCAGAGGCUUUGACCUUCGGGUCAAAAGAGAGGAUGGUUCACUGGUCGGCCGAACGAGGAGGCAGCGGGAGAACUAACUAGAUUAGGAAGUGAUUCCUGUAUUUAUCAAAUGUUGUUUACAAAUUCUAGACAAAUCAGAAUUCACCCCUUCACUCAGAUACUUAGGGGUUAGUUCUGAGUUUUGAAGUCAAAAUGUUAAGUUAUGUGGAGCAAAAAUGUUAAACAUUAAUAAUAACCUUAUGAUGUAUGAAUAUACUGAUAGAUUAAAUUACUAGAAUCAACAAAUACUGAUCUGGUGUAGUUUAAGGUCUGAAAUGAAUCAUUGCUUUUCUUGUUUGGAGACCGGAUGUGAUGCGUCCCCGGAUGUGUGAUGCAGUUUGUGUCUGGAAAUUAAAACUUAACUUCUGGUCAUUUUUGAUGAAAUACUUGGCCUUUUUGUAUGCUACACCGGGUUUUAGUCCUUGUUUGCAUGCAGUGAUUAGCUAAAUUAAGAUUUUGUCUGGGAUUUUAUUGUUCUGGUACUCAACUUUUUAUGAUGCAUCACUUGUUAUUUUAAUGUUUGUUUUUCAGCGCUUUGGCUGUCUCGGUUGGGAGCAUCAACAUAUAUACUGGACAACGUGUUUCCAUAGACUCCAAUUAUGUGUUUUUGAGCCUAAAUGGAAGGUGGUCACCACCGCCAUUUUGACCGUGUCACAGGUUCCGUCAAACCUAGACAAUUCCAAAAAAGGGAAAAGAGGUGGAGCUGAGGGUGGGGCUGUAAGGCUGGGAUCAAAUGACGACACCCGUCGAACUGAAGCAAUGUAGCUACAAGCUAACCCAAAGCUAACGCGGAGGUGGGAGCUAAGCUAACAGAGGUAGCUACCUAGCUACAACCGGAGUUAACUGUGCACAACCCCGGAGCUUCUGAGUCAGAGAUACUGUACGCUGGGCUGACCGCUGGGUAAAACCGGGUGGAACACGGAGGUCUCCUGAGAGCUCCACAAGCCGGCAGCCGCACAGUAGGAUAAGUCAGUGUUAGCAAAUCAUAUUACUGUUCAGUCAAACCAUAUAUUGAUC